AUGUCCGAGCCAGGACCUGAAUCAAUCCCUACAAGCGCUGACCCGCGCAGCAAGCGUCCCACAAAGCGCCGUGCCGUAACACCACACUCAGAGCACGCCAACCAAAUCGAAACGCUCUUCAAAGACCCAAGCAAAGACCUCCAACUACCCAAUGCCUCGGUAUCGCGUACAUCAGGCUCGCUAGCGCCACCACCGGAGAUCGUCGCCAAUGUCCAAGGAUCGUCGGCGGGUGCAGGAUCCGGCGAGUUCCACGUGUACAAGGCCAGUCGGCGGCGCGAGUAUGAGCGGUUGCGAAUGAUGCAAUCGGAGGUUGAUAAGGAGAAGGAUAAUGAGAGCUGGGAGAAGGAGCGGGAAGAGGCCAAGCGCAAGGAUGAUGAGAAGACGGAGAAGAAUCGGCGCAGGAGGGAGAAGAGAAAGAAUGUCAAGGGGAAGAAGGGUGGUGGUGCGGUCCAGAAAGACACUGUUCCUGCUGUGACGGGAUUAGCUGCACCCAGCAAACAGAUCGGUGUGGAUGGAGUGACUGGCGCCGAGGGGGCUGUGACGCAGGAGGUCCCUGGUGUUAUUAUUCAUGAUGAUGACUAG